AUGUACAAUUUUGCAAACAAUAAAUGUUUAGGAAGAAUUUUUUCUUGCCGACUUGAGAGCUGCUUGACAGAAGUUAACCAACUGUGUCAACCUCCACUACCACCACGAAACAAAACAGAGGUGUCACUUGCUGCCCUGAAGUACGAGGCAUCGGAGCACAUUAAACGAUUGGCCAAGCACCGCCCAACGCCAAAAGUGGACGACGAAAAGAAGUGCUUCAUGGUGAAGCCAUUGUCCCUUAUUUACAAGCCAUCCCUCCCUCCGUAUCCAACAACUCUCCAAGCCGGAUUCGCCAAGUGA